CCCCCACAUUUGCCGAGUCAGCCAUAUUGGCCGUGUAUGUUAGCCGUGUCGCAGUUGUGCAUCGCCUCUGACCCAGAAUAGGCAGGCUGAGGCAGGAGGUUGCCUAUCAUUUCCAGGGAUGGAGGUACAGUACAAAAUGAGCAAGGAUUUCCUCCUGUGAUGGAGGUUUGUGGUCAGUAAGGGGCCUCGGAACAGCGCAUCCGCCCGUUAAUACAUUCAACAUGGCUUCUUUGUCUUCCUCCGUCCUGGUACCGUGCCACGAUGGCUUCAAGUUCCACUCCCACAAACGUCUGUGCAUGCUCCUUGGCAUCUCGUCGCCCUACAGCACCUGCAUCGCCUACGCGCCGUACGCUCGGGAAGCCCCUCAUUGCUCGCGGCCCAUCAACCGCGGCAAAAAGGCCCGAGUCCCGGGUUUGCUUUCCGAUCUUCUUCAAGCCAGCGUCCCUUCUUCUCAAGCACGACGCAUGCUGGAGGAGCUAUCUACGCACGUUGUCUGCGGUAUCACCGGUUGGCACCAGAACAAGGCAACUGAGGUUUACUAUGAAUGGUGCGACACCAUCUGGGACGAAUACCUCCGUGUGAAUGGAGUGGAUCCAAGAGGAUGGAACGAACCCCCGCGUCAGCUCUCAAGGCAUACUUGGGAAGCCGACCUCGAAGUAGCUCAACGGGAGCAACAGUGCGAUUCUGACGAGGGAGAUGACGAUGAUUCUCGCGACAAUGAGAGCGACUCUGGAGAGAGUGUCGCUACUGCUGACACAACCACCUCUGACUUUGGCGAAAGUUCCUCCGACCGAGAUAUACCUUCACAAUCUCAAAGUCUGCAGACUACCAGUUAUUUCUCUGCACGGUCAGACUCGUCUGCUCCCUCUCGACAACCACCCAGUGGCUCAUUCAGUGUAUAUCGGGAUCCUGAAGUGCAGUCUGCCGACCCUGUGUCGUCGAAUCCUGCGUCAGUGUGCAACCGCCCUGCUCUGAGGCCACUCGACCAGAAUAUUGCCAUGUCCCGCGCCAGCAGUCAGACGUUGCCUGAGUGGAGCCAUCCGGUCACCGACGCUGCUCCUUCCCCGUCAGCUGUAUCUCACCCUGCCGAGUCACACAGCGUCGACUCGAGCAACGCAACACACCGACUCGGAUCCGAUACAGACCAUACCUUAAGCGACGACGAAAGCCCAGUGAUAUCUGAUGAUGAGGCGUCUGGCGCCCCAGAAGAGACCGAGGACGAGAGCGAGGACCAGGAUGAAAGCGAAGAUGAGGAGGCAGAGAGUGACAGCCACCAAUUAGGAAGUGAUGGCGAGGAACAGACACUAGAUGGCGCCGAUGAUCUGCAGGAUCAGUCCGAGUAUUCUGAAGGAACUGACACAGAUUCUGCCCAAGACGACGCAGAGGAAGAUUUUGUUCUCGUCGAAACGAGUGUCGCGGACCAUGACGAGGAAAGUCAGUCCAGCCAUACAAGUGCCGAGUACGAGAUCACAGCCGAAGACACCGACGAAGACACCGACGAAGACACCGACGAAGACACCGACGAAGACAGCCUCCACGACGGAAUCUUCGAAGACGCCGACGUAACCGAGGUUGCCUCAGUCCCAGCCCCAACAGACCUCUCUCCCCCACCGACACUCACCGCACCACACCCCGCCUUCCGUCUCUACCCUCAAGCACCAGGCCCCCUCCCACAACUCAAACAACUGCUCAACACCCUGACACAAACAGUCUCCCCCGGCCGGCGCCACACGGGCUUCAUCUACGCCUUUGCGCGGCCCUCGCUACCCGGCCAUCUCAAGAUAGGCUACGUCAAGGACGUCACCGCGCCGCGGGGGCCGUAUUCCGAUCGCGUUGACUGCCGCCUGGCGAAAUGGCAGGCCGACUGUGGACAUCCUGUCGUGAAUGUCUUCAGCGUGUGGAUCGCUUGCAACGCGGUGGAGAGGAUCGAGAGCCUUGUGCACUUGACGCUGAGGGAGUAUCGGCGCGUGGAAGACCCGCCGUGUGGAAGGUGCGAGAGGAGGAAGAAGAGGGGGGGAAGUGGUGGGGGGAGUCAUGAUGAGUGGUUUGAGGUGGAUGAGCGGACUGCGAGGCGGGUGGUGGGUCUGUGGGCUUUGUUCGCUGAGCAGUUGCCGUAUGAUCGGUUUGGGAGGCUGGUGGACUUUUGGUCGGAGAAGGUAGAUGGCGAGAAGAGGCGGGUGGACCAUGGUGACACGAGUGUGAACUGGCUGGAGGCGAUGCCGAGGUUGGUGGAGGAGUUGACGAGGUGGGAGCUUCGUAACAUCAUUGGUCCUUUUAGGGAGUUGUCUUUAUGAUACUAGCAAGGUCAGGAGUUCUGGUCCAGGAGUUCAAGAUCAAAUCAGGGGUUGGCAUAAGGUUAGAAAGAGAAA